ACUCGACUUUACAUGCCUAUAAAUAUCCCUAUUUUCCACCACUAAUCUAUUCAUACAAACAACUAUAUCCUAAAUGGGGUCUUACAAUAUUAACGGCAUUGUUGUGGUAGUAGUAAUGGUGUUGGGUAGCUUAGUGGGGUUGUCACAAGGCCAAGGCACGAGGGUGGGCUUCUACUCCACUUCGUGCCCUCGUGCCGAGUCCAUAGUUCAAUCGACCGUAAGGUCGCAUUUCCAAACCAAUCCUACCAUUGCUGCAGGUUUGCUUAGAAUGCAUUUCCACGAUUGCUUUGUGGAGGGCUGCGACGCCUCCAUUCUCAUCGACGGACCCGGCACUGAGAAGACUGCGGGCCCCAACCUUCUCCUCAGAGGCUAUGAAGUCAUAGACGACGCCAAACGCCAGAUUGAGGCCGUGUGCUCCGGCGUAGUCUCUUGCGCCGAUAUCCUUGCUCUUGCCGCCCGUGAUUCCGUCGUCGUCAGUGGUGGAGCGAGUUGGGCUGUACCGACGGGGCGGCGCGAUGGCCGGGUUUCGCAGGCGAGUGCUACUGCCAAUCUACCUGGUUUUAGGGACUCCGUUGAUGUCCAAAAGCAGAAGUUUCUAGAUAAAAAUCUCAAUACUCAGGACCUAGUUGCCCUUGUCGGAGGGCACACGAUCGGCACGUCGGCCUGCCAGUUCUUCCGGUACCGGCUGUACAACUUCACCAACGGUGGGCCCGACCCGACAAUCGACCCGGCCUUCCUGCCGACGCUCCGGGGCCUCUGCCCGGACGGCGGCGACGGCACGAGGCGCGUGGGGCUGGACAACGGCAGCGAGAACCGGUUCGACGCGGCCUACUUCGCGAAGCUGAGGGACGGGCGGGGGGUCCUGGAAUCGGACCAGAGGCUGUGGGGCGACGCCUCCACGAGAGGCGUGGUGCAGCGCUUCCUGGGAGUGAGGGGGCUGCUCGGCCUCACCUUCAACGUCGAGUUCGGGAGGUCCAUGGUCAAGAUGAGCAAUGUCGGAGUUAAGGUCGGCACCAACGGUGAGAUCCGUAGGGUUUGCUCCGCUGUUAAUUAGCUCCACCUUCAUCAUCAUCCAAUCAAAUUGUCUAGCACUCAUAUAAUUUAGCUAGGGACGUGUACGUCUUCAAAUUUAUUUGCAUAUUUGGGUGUGAUAAAAUUCAGUUACAUCCGUCUAUACGUUUUUAUAUUUUUGUUACCAUGUAAAAAUGUAAUAAAUUUUGUUACAUUUAAUGAUGUUGUAAUAAAGUUUUAUUAUAUGUAGGUAUUACAAUAUCUUUUUGUUA